AUGUACGGAAAGCGAAACUUUUCCGUGCUGGAAAGGAAGUUCACUCGGAGCACAUUAGCGGCCAGUAUCACUACAAGAUCCGAAGUCGACAAAACACUGAUCGCCCCGAAGAAGGAGCCGAGCCGCAAGAUCCAAGCCCCGAUCCCGACAGUGAGAUCGGAUGAGGAUCUGUAUGUCGCUAGCUUCGACGGAUCCGCCUGUGUCAAGCGAGGUAGCGGCGCCUACAGCGCGAUUCUGUGGAAAUUACUUGAAUCUGGCUAUGUCGAAGGUUUAACUGUCAAUGAGGCCGAGUUUCACGACCUUUUGUUAUGCCUUGACUUGCUAGAAGGGACGAAUCCGCUACGACUGGUGAUCUGUGGCGACUCAAACUUGGUGAUCCGCCAAGUUAGAGGUGAGAUCGACUGCAAGGCGCCUGGAUUGACAUUACUAAGACAGAAGGCGCUCGACAGACUGCGGAUCCGGCCGGAUCAUGAGUUGGUACAUGUGAAGCGGGAUUGGAACGGAAGUGCAGAUAGUCUGAUAUUGGUGGUGAAAUCCGAGGAUCCGGCAGUGCAGAUCUCAGCCGUUACAACUAGAUCGAAGGCUAGAUCUGGCCUGAGAUCGGGAUCCAAUCCCCCGGUACUGUGCGAGGAAGUGAUCAGAGAGCUCAGGAUCGAGCGGAUCCGACAGGGACAGGACGAGGAAGCGUGGAUCCACGGUUUGAAGAAGUAUCUGACUGGUGAAGUACGCGAUCUGACACAGGAAGAGGCCAGAUCUUGCAGAUCCAUCGCCAUGAAUUAUGAA